UACAAGAUUAUUUCAAUCUAGAAUGCUUACUUCAAGUUCCAACCGGGCUCGAUCAAUUCAAGUGCAUUUGGCGCUUGUAUCAAGUAAAAUGCACUUGGAUCAAGUUUAGGGUUUUCUGGGUGUAUCAGUAGUAGCAUGCCAUAUAGACGCUGCUGCAAGCGGAAGUGCGGUUGCAUUUGUGUUACCCCCUUCUCAUCUCCCUUUCUCCUAUUUUCGUUCGCGUAUUCAAAUCUUGGCCAACUGCGUCAAACCCCAAACCCUCCUCGCCUCUGGGUAGACCGUCCUCGUACAGCUGCUUUAGCGUCGCAGGCUGGCGCUUUCAGUGGCGCCUCGUGAAACAACGUUCAUUUGUGGAAACACCUCAAGGAAUUUGUAUUUUUUGGAUUUUGUUUUUGCACGAUGAAUAUGAUCAGGACCCGCGAAUGGUCGAUUUGUCUUUCCUGUUCUCCAGUCCUUCCCCGCUCCCUACACUUCCUGGUUCGGUAGUGGGGCUCAACAGGGUCAGGCCACUGCCUUAUUGUUCAUGCUUCAUUUCCGUCUAGAUGUAGUGAACGCCUAGAAAUGAAGUUUGACUGAAUUAUCUUCCCUGGUAUUUAUAUGUCCACGUUCUCCAACCCUUUUAACCUUUUCAAAGUCGUCAAAACCUCCGAUUUAUUAACCUGACCAGGACAGACCAGGACGGACGAACAUACCCAAGAAACUGGCUGUCAGACUGCUGCGGCUGCUGCGGGCUGUAUUCAGGAACGCAUCCUGUCUUCUGCGAGUGCGACUGCGACUAAGCAAACAUCGCAAUUUUAAACUGAAACACAGUAACGAUUUGAAAUAACCGUUGUGUUUAUUUCGCACUCAGUUCGUUCGUGUUUCCAUGUGCAGCAGCCUUUGAAGCAACCAUUCCCUUUUUUGCUUUGGUUCGUGGUUUGAGGAAUUGCUUGAACCGGUACCGUCGACGGUGGACAAUGCAGUCGAAGGUGCGCCAGCUGUAAAGAAGUCACGAGUGGCAAGCUUCAGCCUCGAAGUGUUGAGUCGUGGGCUAAGUCCCUUCUUUGACAUGUGGCCAAAAUAUGAUGUCAACGUCUCUCUCAAAGAAACAAUAUUUAACGAUCUCAUCGAUGAAUGUAGACAAAAUUAUCCUGGGGCUAGGUUAAGCAACAAGCUUCGCACAAGCCUUGAGCGACUGUCAGUAGAAUGCCGCAAAGAAUUAGUCAGCCGAGUCAGAGAUGGAUGUGCACCUCUCUUCAUUGCGUGUAUGAGAGGAAAUGCUGAAAUGGUUGACUAUCUCAUUAAAUUUUUGGGUGCUGAUGUUGAACAACGAGGUCUUUAUGAGGUUCCUGCUGACAGAUCUGUUCAUUUCGUCACUCCCUUAUGGUGUGCUGCUGUGUCUGGGAAAUUAAAUGUUAUUAAGUGCUUGGUCGAAAAUGGUGCAAAUGUUAAUGCUGCAUCUGAUAGUGGGUCUACACCUGUCCGAUCGGCAUGCUUUAUGACCCAUAUGGAUAUUGUCAAGUACCUUGUGGAGCAUGGAGCAGACAUAUUAAGACCUAAUUACAAUGGAGGUACUUGUCUCAUCAAUUCUGUGCAAAGUGCUCCUCUUUGCCAGUACCUUCUUCAGCAUGGUGCUGCUGUAAAUGUCAGAGAUAUUCAAAACAAAACAGCAUUACAUUAUGCUAUUCAAGAACAUCGCUGUGAAACUACUGCACUCCUUUUGGACCAUGGGGCAGAUCCGCAUGCUUGUUCUCGGCUCAGUGAUGAUGCUCUGCGCACUGCUUGUAUUAAGGGAGCCCAAGCUAUAUUUGAUCUACUACGAGACAGAGUUUGUUAUGAACCAGAGAAACUUGCUGAUGCUUAUGAACUACUUGGAUCAACUCUUCUUGAUGAACAUAAUGAUACCCAAAAUGCUUUACAACAUUGGAGAACUGCAUUACAAAUUAGACAAUUAAAUGGUAAAGAUGGCAUGCCCAUCCCUAAAAGACCAAUUAUGUCUCCAAAGGAAACUUUCAACUUUUCAAAAGAAUUUGAAAGUGCUGAAGAUUUAAACUCGCUAGAUGUGGAUGCUAUGCGCAUGCAAAGUCUAUUGAUUUGUGAACGAGUACUAGGAGAGCAGCACAAAGACACAUUAUUUCGUUUAAUGUAUCGUGGUGCAGCUUAUGCUGAUGCUCUUCGAUACCAGCGCUGUAUUGAUCUGUGGCGACGGGCUCUUGAAGUCCGCAUCGUGAAGGAUUCAAUACUGACUGGUGAUACAUGCUUUACUGCUCAAGCCUUAGUUCGUCUCUUUGUUGAUCUAAAUGAAAAGCUUCUACUGAUGCAUGAUGGCGAAGGUGAAGGAAAAAUGCCUCGAUUUGAGGAUGUGGCAUCUGUCUUUUUGAUGUUAGCCACUCCUUUAAUUGAAUCUAGGCCGUUAUUAGAGAUUCACCCAAUCAACAAACGUCAACAAGAAAGUUAUGAUCGUAUUUUGAGGUGCAUUACUCACCUUGUUUAUUUAUUGGUUAAAACUGCUAAGUCAGAACAAGACCAGCACAAGGUUUACAGUCUAGUUACGGAUCUCAUAAGGUACAAUCCCUGCUCUGCGACUACAGGAGACUCUCUGCUCCAUCUUUGUGUGUCAAAACUGAAUACCAUCAAAAGCAGCUACUUUGCAGAAGACAAUCAAGUGACUCAGGUUGUAUUUCCUGAUUUGGAAGUGACCAAAGUACUCCUUCAGUGUGGUGCUCCAGUCCGAGCAACUAAUAAAUCUAGGUCAACACCCCUUCAUGUUGCCUCCAAUCCGUACAAUUUUGAUAAUAAACUGGUCAAGCUGCUACUGGAUCAUGGUGCUCAUCUAGAUCAAUCAAAUAAAUCAGGGGAAAGGCCCUCUGUAACUAUACCAAACAAUAAAAAUAACACAAUAAACUUAGUGAAUUAUACUACGCUCAGGUGUUUAGCUGCUGUUGUAGUAUGCAGGUACAGAAUUCCAUAUCGUGGUCAGGUUCCAAGCACUUUAGAAAACUUUAUGAAGAUCCAUGAUUAUUGUUAGUAAUGUACUGUAAGUUUACCUAUGUAUCAGAGGUAUAUUUCCUACAAAUACUGUCUAACUGUUUUAAAUAUCCCAAGUUAUCCAAUUUUAAAUUUAUUUAUCUAGUUAGCCUCUUAAUUUAUUCACCAAUCAAUCCUUGCCAAUCGAAUGAACAUUCUUUGUUUGCUACUUUUCAAUCAACUGUUAUGGUUCAAUGUGAAACUACUUUUUUAUGAUGCUGCUUUUAGGUAUCAAGUAUUCCAGUAGGAAUUGACAAUUUUAAGUCUUUGUAAAUACUGGAAUGUGAUUUCAAAGUAACUUAACUGCUCCUUUUAUAAUUUUUUAUAAAAAAUGUGCUUUGUCUUGGUUUUCUUAAUUCCCUGACGUGAAAUGGUGCACUAGUACUGUUUUAUUAGACAAGCAGAUUGUUUUUCGUGAGUAGUUAAACUGAAGUUAAAUCAUUUAUUUCUCCCGAAUUCUGUUAUUGCUCUUCCUGCAGAUGGCAAAAACUUCUUUGUGAUUCAAAGAAUUCUAUUUUUAUUAUCAAAAUUGCUUGUCUGUUGUACAUAUAGGUAGGUAGGUAUCAUAGCAUUCUUUGUUGUUUAUGUUUUGCUUUUGUUUUUCUAAUUUUAUCAUGUAGUUGUUUUCUUUGUUCUCUUUUUAGCACUGUUGUAUGUUGUACAGUAUUAGCAUCAUCUGUGAAAGACUGUGAGACUACAAAUCAUGUGGUAUUUGUAAGCAGCUUUAAUUUCUUCCAAUAAUGUGUUCUUCCUCAUUGAAAUUCCGGCUUUAUAAUCUUGCCAACUUGUGUGUUUGCUUAGUUGUAGUUCAUUUAAAAUUGACACAUUACUUCUGUAAAUUGUAAGGAGCUGGGAUUUCGAGUAUCUAAUGGUUAAUUUGCUUGUUUUCACCGAAUAAAUGCCACUAUUUUGUUUGCAGUUGUGAAUUAGAAAGUAACCAACCAGUGUCUGAAUUCACCUUUGUUCUAAAUUUCUGAAUUGCUGCUUACAGCUCUGGUGUGAUAUUUUUAUUAGUCUGUUUAAUAUUUGUGCACAAUUAAUUGUAUCAUAUAAAUCUAUGUAUCUAUCUUUCUUUAAAUGAAUACUACCAUGUGUUACUAGGAUAUGAGCGCUGGAGACAGUGUUUGUUAAGCAGUCAUGUUGAAGUAGAUUCUUAAUUUAUUUUAUCCCUACACAUGUUGUCAGAAGAAAAGGAGAAAUGUACUGAAAGGGAUAUUUGUUAUUGUGUCCUGUUUUUGUUAGAUAAGUUGUUAUGUGAUAUGAUUAUUUAUUUUCUGUGUUGUGCUCCAUUCAGUCAGUUAUGGAAGCUGAACUAACAUUCAGUUUUCUAAUUAAAUACACCACUCCUAAACUGAAAA